AUGUUGUUGGAUGUGACUCCUUUUAAAGAUAAUUUGCCAGCAACUUAUUAUGACGCUGAGAGGUUGGUCAUGAAGUUGGGAUUAAAAGUUGAUAAGAUUGAUUGUUGCAUAAACAGUUGCAUGUUGUUUUAUGACAAUGAAUUUGGAAAAAAUGACGGAGCAUUGGUGGAAUGCAAAUUUUGUCAGAGUCCACGGUAUCGUCUAACCAAGAGUGGGAGGAUUCCGAAUAAGACAAUGUUUUACUUGCCAAUAAUACCAAGAUUACAAAGAUUGUUUGCAUCGAUGAAAACUUCUAGCCAUAUGACGUGGCAUCAUUCAAACAAAAUUCUUGGAGUCAUGCGACAUCCAUCCGAUGGUGAAGCUUGGAAACACUUUGAUCAAGUAUAUCCUGAUUUUGCAGCAGAUCCGCGUAAUGUAAGACUUGGAUUGUGCUCUGAUGGUUUCACUCCACAUAUCCAGGCAUCAGGGAAAUCCUAUUCUUGUUGGCCGAUCAUUGUAACCCCCUACAAUCUCCCUCCUAAGAUGUGCAUGACAAAGCCGUACAUGUAUUUGGCGUGUGUUGUUCCAGGGCCAGAUAACCCUAAAGCAGGCAUAGAUGUGUUUCUAGAACCUUUAAUUGAUGAUUUGAGGAGGUUGUGGAUUAGAGAAUUGACAUACGAUAUUUCAACCAAACAAAAUUUUCUAAUGAGAGCAUCUUUGAUGUGGACAAUGAAUGAUUUUCCAGCGUAUGGCAUGUUGUCUGGUUGGAGCACUCAUGGGAAAAUGGCUUGUCCACAUUGUAUGGAAAAUGGAGGGAAGAGUUCGUGGUUUGAUCAUCGUUGUUUCAUGCCUCGUGAUCACCAGUUUAGAAAAAGUAAGAAUGGCUUCCUGAAAGAUCAGAGAGUAGUAAUUGGCCCGCCCCCUAAAAUUACAUCAGUAGAGGUGUGCACAAGAGUUAGUGAUUAUCCUAAAGUCACUGAUUUUGGCACAACUGUCCCAAUACCAGGAUACGGAGUUAACCACCACUGGACAAAAAAGAGUAUAUUUUGGGACCUCCCCUAUUGGAAAGAUAACUUGCUCAGACAUAAUCUUGAUGUAAUGCACAUUGAGAAGAAUUUUUUUGACAACAUAUUUAACACAGUGAUGGAUGUUAAAGGGAAGACAAAAGAUAAUGAGAAAGCCAUAAAAGAUUUAGAAGUGUAUUGUAAAAGAAGGGACUUGGAGUUACAACCUCAACCGAAUGGAAAGUUGUUGAAACCCAAGGCAAUAUACACUCUAACUUCUGAAGAAGCUAAGGCAAUUUGUCAAUGGUUGAAAGAUUUGAGAAUGCCUGACGGAUAUUGUUCUAACUUGGGCAGGUGUGCCGAUGUUAAAACUGGAAGGGUAAUUGGAAUGAAAAGUCAUGAUAAUCAUGUUUUCAUGGAGCACUUACUCCCAAGUGCGUUUAGUUCACUGCCCUCCCAUGUGUUAAAUCCACUCACUGAGAUUAGUCAAUUUUUUAAAAACAUUUGUGCUUCAACUUUGAGAGUCGAUGAAGUUGAGAAAUUAGACAAGUUAAUUCCAAUCAUACUAUGUCAGCUUGAGCAAAUUUUUCCCCCAGGUUUUUUUGACUCUAUGGAACAUCUUGCGGUGCAUCUGGCAUAUGAGGCUAAGCUUGGUGGGCCUGUUCAAUAUAGGUGGAUGUACCCUUUUGAAAGAUUCAUGGGAGAUUCAAAACGAUCUGUUCAAAAUAGGGCUAGAAUAGAAGGAUCAAUCUGUGCUGUUUAUGUUCAUAAGGAAACCUCAUACUUUCUCGGUCAUUACUUCAUCGACCGUGUGCUUGUUCCAACCACUACACGAUAUGAAGUUUAUGUUCAGAGUGAAAGAGACCCGUUGACCUUAUCAGUUUUCAAUCUACCUGGUCGCCACGCUAGCAAGGCGAGGCAACAUUGGAUGGUAGAUGCGAAAGAGUACCGAUCAGCUCAUGUUCAUGUCUUAAUUAAUUGCACGGAGGUUAGACCAUACCUUGAAUUUGAUGAUGAUUCGUCUGGUUACAUACACGAAUAUUUUCCUGGUUGGUUUAAGCAAAAAGUAUUUGAUGCCGAACCAACGGAUGAAAUCCUUCGUUUAAGAGGUUUAGCUCAAGGUCCUUUACAAUGUGCCACUGAAUAUCAUACAUACUCCGUAAAUGGAUAUAAGUUUCAUAUCCAAUCAUGGAGUGAGGGGAAGAAGACAUAUAACAGUGGUGUAUAUGUAAAAGGAGUUACGGAAGGAGGUGCAGAUGACUUCUAUGGCGUGAUCAAACAUGUUUACGAGUUAUUUUACAAUUAG